UUUGACUAGUCUGGAAACGUCAGCGCCUAACGAGCGUCGAACACAUUACGCAAUAUUUUUUAAACUGUUUUCCUAUCGUUUUGUUGCAUCACAGCUGCUUUAUCUUGUUAGUUGAAGGUCACCAAAAUGUCGUUACCUAAAGUGCUUGUUGUGAACAAAGCUUUUCCAGCUGCCGGUUUGCAAUUAUUAAAACAGAAGACUACGACAACUGUAAUCCCGUGUUAUGAAUACGAACCGGACUACUAUAGCAAAGUAAAAAAUAUUGUACCACAGGGAUUCGAUGCUAUAAUUUGGAAUACAAAGUAUCGCUUGACAGAUGAAAUUUUGGGAUCGGCGGGUCCCCAAAUCAAAGCAAUCACAACGAUGGCUUCUGGGUACGAUCAAAUCGACGUAGACGCUGUAUUGAAACGUAAUAUACCGCUGGGUAACACACCGAAGGUACUUGACGACGCCGUUGCUGACUUAGCAGUUGGUAUCAUGAUAGCCGCUGCAAGAAGAUUCAAAGAAGGGGUACAAGAAUUAGAAACGGGCCAAUGGAAGUAUGGUGUUCAGUGGAUGUUGGGACAAGAUAUUAACAAUAGCACAGUCGGGAUUAUUGGCUUGGGAGGUGUUGGUCAGGCCAUUGUCAGGAGGCUUAAAGGCUUUGGUGUCACACGAUUUAUUUAUAGUGGUAGAAGUGACAAGCCUGAGGCUGAGAGUUUGCAAGCCGAACGUGUGCCUUUGGAACAGUUACUUAAAGAGAGUGACUUUGUUCAUAUUUGCUGUCCUCUGUCCAACGAAACCAAGCAUCUUAUUAACAAAGAUACUUUGAAUAUUAUGAAGAAGAACGCGGUUCUUGUAAACAUUGCUAGAGGAGGUAUCGUUGAUCAGGAUGCCCUCUACCAUGCACUGAAGGAGAAUAAAAUCUUUGCUGCUGCCUUGGAUGUAACAACUCCGGAACCCUUGCCUAAAGAAAAUCCUAUUGUUUCUCUGCCAAAUUGCUACAUUAUUCCACACCUCGGAAGUGCCACAUUCGAAACACGAAACGCGAUGGCCAAAAUAUCAGCACAAAACAUACUUUUGGGAUUGGAAGGAAAGCCAAUGUUGUAUCCUGUGUCGUAAAAAAUGUGCUAUGUAUUUAUAAUAUUAUCCUUAUUAUGAUCAUCUAUUUCAAUGACAAAAAAUGCACUUCCUACAGUAUUUACAUUAUUUAAAGGGAAUGCUGGAUACAAGGCCAAGUGAGAGGUCCUAAAUAGUUAAAUACAAGUGUAUUUUAUUAAAUUCAAUGCAUAAAAUCGAA